AUGUCUGGAGUCAAGUUCGUUGGUGGAGGUAAGAGUGACUCUAAGAGAAAUUUAACAGCAGCAUAUUCAAUCCCGAAACAAGUGCAACAAGAGCUGGAAAUUGGCGCUGAGGAAGACCAUCUCAAAGAUCGACUUGUUGCAAAGACCGCAUAUGCACGAGAAUCAGACUAUCAACGGCAGAGAUUUGACUUGAAGCUGGAACAAGACGCUGUGUCAAAAAGACCUCUUGAAGAUGUCGAUUCAGUAGCGGGAAAAGACGAGGGCUCCAAGAAGGCAAAAGUGUCCAGAUGGGACGUAGCUUCGAUCAAAUCUGGUGACAAUGAAAUCUCGAAAUUAGAUCAAGGAACAAUGGUGGUUCCAAAGAAAUCCAGAUGGGACCUGGAAGCGGGAUAUCAGAUGCCUAAAUCGUCGUCAAAAGCUGCAACCGAUGAGCUAUCACGAGAGUUGGUAACAGAAGUGCCGGGGGUCGGAGAUCUGCAGUUUUUCAAACCCUCGGAUAAAGCGCAUUUUGGAGAGCUAUUACUACAAAAACCCGAACUAAGUGAGGAGGAAGAUAAAGACCGCCAAUUUCUGCGUAUUCUCCUGAGAAUCAAGAAUGCAAAACCACAAGUCAGGAAAACUGCAAUGCGAGCUCUGAGAGAUCGAGCCGCUCACUUUGGCGCUCCACGUAUAUUCAACAGAGUUCUGCCAAUUCUUAUGGACAGAUCUUUGGAAGACCAGGAACGUCAUUUGAUGAUCAAGGUGGUCGAUCGUAUAAUGACUCAAUUGGGAGACCUCGUCAAACCUUACACGCAUCGUAUUAUAACGGUGAUAGCGCCUACCCUCAUAGAUGAGGAUCAGGUUACUCGAGAAAUAGGCAGAGAAAUCAUUUCUCGUUUGGCGCAAGCCGUGGGUCUCUUCGAAAUUAUAACCACUGUUCGUUCUGACAUCGACCAUCAGGAUGAAUAUGUGAGAAAUAUCACUUCCAGAGUAUUAGCGUUGGUCGCAAAAUCAUUAGGUGUGUCCAAUCUUGUUCCCUUUCUGCGGGCCGUUUGCCGCUCUAAAAAGUCCUGGCGUGCACGUCACACGGGAAUGAAAACAAUACAGCAAAUAGGCGUCAUCAUGGGCAUAGGUAUUUUGCCCUACCUACAAUCGCUAGUAGAAUGCAUAUCGGAAAGCUUGAGCGAUGAACAGUUGCAGGUGCGCAUUGCCACUGCUCAAUGCAUUGCUUCUUUAGCUCAAAGUACACAUCCCUAUGGGAUCGACACUUUCAAUGUUGUUUUGGAGCCUCUAUGGAGAGGUAUCAAAACUCACAGAGGCAAAUCUUUGGCGUCGUUUUUACGAGCAUUGGCUUACCUGAUUGCUCUAAUGGACGAAGAAUAUGCUGGAUACUACACGCAAGAAAUGAUGCGAAUAGUACGAAGAGAGUUCCAAUCUCCAGAUGAUGAAAUGAAAAAAGCAGUUUUACUGGUUCUACAAAAAUGCUGUGCGGCAGGUGGAUUAACUUUCAAGCAGGUGAAGGAAGAAAUAAUGCCAGAUUUCUUCCGGUCUUUUUGGAGCCGACGCACAGCUUUGGAUCGUCAGAUUAGCAGACUUGUAGUCUACACUACCAUUGUGCUAUCAGAAAGGAGCGGAACUGCGUACUCGAUAAGCAAAUUGUUAGACCCUUUACGAGAUGAGUCAGAGCCUCUAAGGGUUAUGGCAGUCCGAACCAUUGGCCGCAUUAUGAAGCAGUAUGGUUCUCAAGAUAUUGAUCAGAGAUUAGAGACCAGACUUAUUGAUGGUCUGCUCAUUGCAUUCCAGGAGCAAUCAAACGAAGAUCGCGCUAUUCUACAAGGAUUUGGUGCUGUCAUAGAAUGUUUGGACGUCAGAAUGCAACCGUAUCUGCCACCAUUAGUGAGUACCGUCCUUGAGCACUUGAAGCACAAAUCGCCUGUCGUUCGACAGCAUGCAGCAGAACUGUGUGCUAUGAUGGUACAAGCUAUAUAUCAUUGCGGAGAACUUAGCAUGCUGAACAAGCUAAACAUCAUCCUGUAUGAAUCACUGGGCGAGGUUUAUCCCGAGGUUUUAGGUGCAAUCAUUGGUGCCAUGAGCCAAAUUGUUGGUUGUAUCGAUUUCGAAAAGCUGCAACCGCCACCAAACCAAAUUCUUCCGAACUUGACCCCAAUACUUCGAAAUCGCCAUAGAAGGGUGCAACUCAACUGUAUUGUUUUCGUUGGAAGAAUCGCCGAAAAGGGUCCUGAAAGUGUUCCUCCAAAGGAAUGGAUGCGAAUCUGUUUUGAGCUCCUGGAAAUGCUGAAGAGCCCAACAAAGUCAAUCAGGAGAGCUGCUAAUGCCUCGUUUGGUGCUAUCGCCAAAACUAUAGGACCUCAGGAUGUUCUUGUUGCACUACUGAAUAAUUUGAAGGUCCAGGAGCGGCAACUUCGGGUCUGUACCGCCGUGGCAAUUGGAAUCGUAGCGGAGACGUGUGGACCGAUUACAGUGAUUCCUGCUAUCAUGAACGAGUAUAAAACGCCAGAAACGAAUGUACAAAACGGUGUUCUUAAAGCUCUGACAUUCAUGUUCGAGUACAUUGGGGACAUGUCAAAGAAUUUCAUAUAUGCUACUGUGCCUUUACUACAAGAUGCCUUGACAGACCGAGACCUCGUUCAUCGUCAGACUGCAGCCACUGUAAUAAGACACCUUGCUCUAAAUUGUAUGGGAAAAGGUUAUGAAGACGCCUUUUUGCACCUAUGGAACCUUCUGGUACCAAAUGUUUUUGAGACAUCACCUCAUGUCAUAGUUCGGAUCGUCGAAGGAAUUGAGGCUUUGAGAUUUGCACUAGGGCCAGGGAUUGCUUUGAAUUACGUAUGGGCGGGACUAUUCCAUCCUGCUAAAAACGUACGCAAAGCGUUCUGGAACCUCUAUAACAACACCUAUGUUCAGUGUCCGGACUCCAUGGUUGCUUAUUAUCCUUCAUUCGAUGAGGGAUCUGGCCAGAAAGUAGAAGAACUGGACAUUGUGAUUUGA